UUAAGCCCAAUGAUUCAGGAUAAAACGAGUGUAUCUACAUGAUACACUUGCAAAACAGACCAAAAAAAUGCUGACAGCACCGUGUUACUAAAUUCGUUCAGACGAUGGAUAAAUCCACUUCUUCAACAAAAGAGGAGUUUGGAAAUAGCCCCGGCGCCAAAAUCAACUACGAGCAACAAUCAUUACUAAAAACCGAUGGGGCUGAUGACAAAAAAAGUGGGGAACUUCCAUAUGAGAAGUUGGAAAAAUGGCGCAAAACGACCAUUGUAAUUUGCCUUCUCUCAAUCGUCUUCACGGUUAUGCUCGGGUUUGGCGCAUUUGCAGUUUCAGAAAUAUCCGACAGCUCUUCGGCGUUCGCGGUGGCUUUGGACGCAAUACUGGCCGUUACUUCUUCUGCGUCUGUUAUAUGGCGGUUUUAUUACGGAAUAAACGGCGAGGGAAAAACUCAGCGAGAAUGGAAGGCUUGUAACAUCAUCGCUGUGUGUUUUAUCGUUUCGGGAGCGCUGGUCGCUGGGCGAGCGAUAGUUAGUAUCGUGUUGGACGAGGAACCACGGAAACCUUCAGUUUUAAUAAUCAUGUCAGUAGUAAGCUGUGUGGGGUAUUUUUUCCUCUUCUGUAUUAAACUGUGUCUGGCGAGGAAAUUAGACAGUUCUGCUUUGGUUGCGGAUUCUAUCGAUGCCCUCAGUGGCGCGGGAAUGUCGGUGGGUGUGAUUCUUAGCACGUUAGUUUUGGAGUUGAGUAGUUCAGCCUGGUUGAUAGACCCAGCCACGGCCAUCUUCAUUGCGAUUUUAACACUCAUUUACGGAAUUGAAAUUCUGACCAAGGUCGCGCGAGAAAAGAAACGAGUAAACGAACUGAAAAAAGCCGAACAAGAACUACAAGAGGGUAAUGACAUCUCAAAUGGAGAGGAGGAAAUGGACGGGAAGUAAAAGAUAGCAAUUAGAACGGAUACUACAAGUUCUAGAAAUAUUUAGGAUUUUAAUAUUUUACUUCCUCAAGAUAUCGGUGAACCAACAGCAUUUCUGUUAGUCUUUAAUAGCAUAUUUUCGCCGCUUGCAGUGAAGAUGUCUUAAAAUUUCCGCAUUGGGUGAUGCUGGGCAACUUUUUCAAAAAAGGUGUUAAUUUUUUUAUAUUCAUGAGGUUAUUUUUCAUUUUACCAUUGUAACUGACGUUUAAUUUGACCUUUAUGGCAGAAGAUAAUCCUCUUUUGAAAAGGGAACUGAACUAUUUUAUCACUUGUGUCAAGAAUUAUCCAAUACUAUCACGUAGAGGCACGGAAGCCACACUUUGCCUUGCUGGUAGAAUCUCUCACUGAAAGACAAUAAUAAUUUUGCUGUGUCGCUAAGAUGCCAAGAUGUUAAAUGUGUACAUCAGUCACACUCCUAAGCCAUUUCUAAGGUCAUCAUGUUUAAUGACAA